AAACGUUUUAUUACUCUGAGAGCGACUUCUCAACUGCACUGGACGCCGCUAUGGACGCUGCUACUGCUGGCAUGGGUGAUCCUAGUAAAGAUGCUGCCGUGCUGGUUCGUCAGUCCGUGGUUCUGCCGAAAGAGGGCAGCACCUACGAGGGCGUGGUGGCCGUGGACGAGACAGUAGGCGUGGACACGAAAUUCAUCUUCAUGUUUCCUAAACUGGGUUCUAUCGCUGUCAGCCUAACCAGCCCCAGUGCUAAACGGUUCGACCUGAACUCGCCCGAAUAUCAGGAAUACAACUCAACGAAGACUAUACAGUUUGCUUUUAACACAGCCGAGGUCGGUGACUGGACAUACAAUAUCGAACACACUGCCCCCGCCCUAGUCAAGCAAGUGGUCACCGUGAGCGUGCGAUCACACCCCCAGGGAUACAAGGAGCCAGUCAGGGUUCGGGCAUGGGUCAACAGGCUUAACGCCGUGUACCCACUUAAGACGGUGAUCUAUGCCGAGGUGACCCGGGGGUAUACACCUGUGCUGUAUGCGAAUGUCACUGCAUAUGUUGAACGACCUCUCAGUCAGGACAGAGUCACCCUGCAGCUGCGGGAUAACGGAGCAGGCUCCGACAAUGAAGCAGACGACGGCGUCUACUCGGCCUACUUCACGACAAUGAACUCAAAUGACCGGUAUUCCGUCGAUGUCAGAGCCGAGACAAAGCCGGGAAUGGCCAUGUUCAAGAUAGGAGGCGGGAGCGGAGUAGCCUUCGCAACACCAGGAGCGAUGGAACCAGUAAGGAAGGUUCCAGCACCAAAGAUGAACAGAGCAACGAACGCCGGUUCAUUCGUUGUGACCAAUUACACCUCUGGUCAAGACCCAUAUCCUCCAAGCCGCAUCAUCGACCUGCUGGUGAUCUCUUAUGACCAAGACGCCAAAGUGGUCACUCUAGAGUGGACAGAACCAGGGGAGGACCUUGACUACGGCAAAGUGACAGGCUACGAUAUUCGGGUUGGCCAGUCAUUUGACGAAGUGUCUGCUGGAUUUGAUAGUAGCUCGAAGGCAACACUGCUAGAAGUAAUCACACCAUUAGGCGCCGGCAACCGGAUCCAAGCCAAGGUCAAGGUCAACGGAUUAAAUGACACGCUCUUGACCUUCGCAGUUCGCGCCAUCGACGCAGCUGGGCACUAUGGCGAGCCUUCCAAUGUUGUGUCGUCUGCUGCAUUUGAGUUAGAAGACCUCGGUCUGAAUGGGAGCCAAAUUGCAGCCAUAGUAGGAGGUUGUGUCGCAGGAACGGUUCUCAUUGUUGGGAUCGUGGCCUUCUUGGCGUACAAAUUGAAGCAUGCGGCUAGUGCAGGAAAAGUUGCUGCUUCUCCUAGAAUUUAGACUGAUAUCUUGGAUUUAUUUUCCUUUUUUAUUUUU